AUGAUUUCUUUUUAUGACGAACUCGAAAUCGAAGAUUUUGAAUUUGACGAGGAGACACAAAUAUAUCAUUAUCCUUGUCCCUGUGGAGAUAGAUUCGAAAUCACCGUGGCUGAGCUAAUAGAUGGUGAAGAAAUAGCAAGAUGUCCAAGUUGUUCAUUAAUGGUGCGUGUUAUUUAUGAUCCGGACGACUUCCAAGAUGGAAACACAUAG